AUGUCUCGAGCAGUCCUGAUUUGUGGCGCAACUGGAAAACAAGGCGGCGCCGUCCUCAAAAGGCUCGUCAAGCAAAAUGCCGAUUUCAAGAUUCUCGCUGUCACCAGAAACGCCAAAUCUCCUUCAGCCCAACGACUACUCAGCAAAUCUCCAAACAUCAGGCUCGUACAGGGCGACCUGGCUGAUCCCACAGCAAUCUUCAAAACUGCCAGGAGUGUCACUGACAAGCCUAUAUGGGGAGUGUUCAGUGUUCCCGUUGGCUUCGGUCAAGGAGGCGGUGGUGAGGUUGGACAAGGCAAAGCCCUUGUCGAUGCCGCUUUAGACGCUGGUGUCAAGUUCUUUGUCUACACUUCCGUCGACCGACAUGGUCAGGAUUCAGAAAACAACCCGACUCCGGUUCCUCAUUUUAUAGCAAAACACAAAAUCGAACAGCAUUUGAUUUCACGUACCGCCAAUACGGAUAUGCAAUGGUCGAUCCUACGUCCAGUGGCAUUCAUGGACAACUUGACAGAUGAUUUCUUGGGAAGAUCAUUUGUCACUGCGUGGAAGUUGGCUGUCAAAACAAAGCCAGUUCAACUCGUCUCCGUCACUGACGUGGGUAUAGCUGGUGCAGAAGCCUUCCUUCAACCUGGGAAAUACUCAGGGCGUGCGGUAUCGCUGGCUGGCGACGAGUUGACUCUUGGCGAAUUCCAAAAUGUCUUCAAGGAUAAGACUGGCCGUGACAUUCCUUCUACCUACAGUUUUGUUGUAUAUCCUAUGAUGGCGAUGGUGAAGGAGUUGGGUUACAUGUUCAAGUGGUUCAAUGAUGUUGGUUUUGAUGCGGACUUGAAGGCGCUGAGACAGGAGUACCCCGAACUCAAGACUUUUGGCGCUUGGCUUGAGACGGAAAGCGACUUUGCGCACAAAUGA